CUCUCUGAUGCGGGGAGCAGCACCGUGCCGUGUGUGUGUGUGAGCGUGUUGCUGAGAGAUGAUGAAACAUCCGCGUCAGUGAGCCGUUGGGAAGCUUCUCCCUGCCUGAGGAUGUGAGAGAAUUGGAGGCUGAACGAGGGAUCCACUCCAUCCUGCAGGCUGAGCCAUCUGCACAGGCCUGCUUUCCCUCUUUCUCUCUCUGUCUCCAUCCUCUCUUUCUCGUGAGGCUUCUCUCACCCUUUUUUCCCUUCUUGUUCUUCCUCUGUGGAGCAAGGAGAUCGUCAUCCCCCCAUCGAUUCUUUUUUUGUGGUGGUGGCUCCCUCCUUCUCUUCCUCCUCCUCCUCCUCCUCCUCCUCCCCCUCUCUCUCCAUCUCCACCACCACCUCCUCCUCUCUUUUUUCUCUAUUCUUCAAGAGGACCUCUUUGGAAUAGCAAACCUCCAUGUAUGACAAUUUGUACCUGCAUGGAUUUGAAGACUCGGAGGCGGGUUCAGCUGAUUCCUACACUAGCAGGCCGUCUGAUUCAGAUGUGUCGUUGGAGGAGGAGAGGCCGGAGGGGGGUAGUCAGGGCCGGCAGGAGCGAGAAACACAGGCUGCACUGCAGCUGGAGAGGGCAAAGGCCAAAGCGGUGGCCUUUGCCGUGAAAACAAAUGUCAGUUACUGUGGUGCGCUGGAUGAAGAUGUGCCUGUGCCAGGAACUGCCAUCUCAUUUGAUCCGAAAGACUUCCUGCACAUCAAAGAGAAGUUUAAUAAUGACUGGUGGAUUGGGAGGCUGGUGAAAGAAGGCUGUGAGAUUGGUUUUAUCCCCAGUCCCCUGAAGCUGGAGAAUAUCAGAGCACAGCUGGAACAAAAGAAAAGCCGUGUACAAGGUAAGUCCAGUGGAAGCUCCUCCCCUAGUUUGGGGGAUGUGAUGUCAUCAGGCAAGCAGAAACAGAAAGUGACUGAACAUGUGACUCCCUAUGAUGUUGUGCCUUCCAUGAGGCCUGUGGUGCUGGUUGGUCCAUCGCUGAAAGGAUAUGAGGUCACUGAUAUGAUGCAGAAAGCUCUUUUUGACUUCUUGAAACAUCGGUUUGAUGGCAGGAUAACUAUCACACGUGUGACAGCAGAUAUCUCACUGGCAAAGAGAUCAGUGCUUAACAAUCCCAGCAAGAGAGCCAUUAUUGAGCGCUCAAAUACCAGAUCCAGCCUUGCUGAGGUACAGAGCGAGAUUGAGCGCAUAUUUGAACUAGCUCGCUCGCUCCAGCUGGUUGUGUUGGACGCAGAUACCAUCAACCAUCCUGCUCAGCUGAUGAAGACUUCACUAGCACCCAUUAUCGUCAAUGUCAAAGUGUCCUCGCCAAAGGUCCUCCAGCGGCUCAUCAAAUCUAGAGGAAAGUCACAGAGUAAACACCUCAAUGUACAGCUCGUAGCCGCAGAUAAACUAGCACAGUGUCCUCCGGAGAUGUUUGACAUCAUCUUGGAUGAGAAUCAAUUGGAAGACGCAUGUGAACACCUGGCUGAGUAUCUUGAGGCGUACUGGAAGGCAACCCACACCUCCAGCAGUACCCCACUCAACCCUCUGCUAGGCAGAAACCUCGGCCCCGCUGCCCUGGCCCCUUACACUACGUCUGCCAUAUCUGGCUUGCAGAACCAACAGGGGCAAAAAACACGGCAUGCCAACCACACCGGGGACCACUCCACCCCCAACGAACGGCGCAACCUGAUGACCUCAGACGAGAACUACCACAACGAACGAGCGCACAAGGGACGGAACCGGGGCUCCUCUGGCUCUCAGCAUGGCGGCAGCGGUCGAGACCAACACUACAUGGAAGAGCAGCAGGGCUACCAAGACCCCUACCAGGACACCUACAAGCCCCACCGCAACCGCAGUUCCCCAGGCAGCUACAGCCAGGACUCACGACACCGGCUCUGAGCCGCCCUGCCCCGUUUCGUCCUCCAAGCCUGAGCCACAGAGCCACCGAGCCAAGAUGGCUUCUGUCCAGAAUUGUAUACAUCUUCCAUUACAUUUUCAUUUUGUUAGGGUCUCUUGAGCUACAAAGCAGAAACUGUUUAACCCCUCCUGAACCUUCGCCAUCUGACCAAAGCCUGCAUUUCCGUCUGCUUAUACAAGGCUCAUCGUGUCUGCCUGGGAAAAGGGAACCUUUCGACAUGAAACGUUACAGCUGUUAUGCUUUCACAUGUUAAUAUGCUUGUUGAUUUUUUGUUUUUUGUCGAUUGUGUUGCAAAAGGGCAGGUUUUACUUCUACCAAGCAACCAUUUAACUUCAAAACCGAAUGAUUGGUUGGUCCUUAAAAGCAAAUAUUCUGUGAAGCUAGCAAUGGCCGAGAAUCAGAGAGUUGUAAAGGGUGUAUACAGGAUCCCUGAGAACUGAACAAUUAGCUCAGUUAGUCUUUGUUAUGUCAUUAUUGCCAGCAUGUUACCUGACCGCAUGCUUCCCCUGUCAUUAGUGCAUAACUUGAGCGGACAUAGGAUGAUGCUCUGAUCAUUGCCCAUAAGCAGGCCCCCGAGAAAGUGGCUGACAAACUGGAACGUUUCUUAACGUAACUUAACACAAACCUACUGCCAGCUGUCUUUUCUUACAGAAAUGGAAUCUUAAAUACCAUGAUCUUGGAGUUUUCCAAGGCCUCGAAAUCCUAGGCGGUGGAAUUUCCACAUAACUUCUGCCGUAAACAGCAGGAAUCUUAGAUUCAGCCACAGCCAGCCAAUCAUCUGUGCAGGUUAGCAUGGUACACUGCAUUCUAGCCCAUGGACUCAUUUCUUACCAGGCAUUACUUUCUAGUUAGGAAGACAGCUUAAAGAGAUGCAUAACAUAGGAAUGCUGAACAAAAGUGUUGCUGUCAUCUAGUCCUUAGCAAGCAUUGACAUCUUAUAAUUAGUUUUCAUCAUUUAAAAGCUGAAAUUAAGGCACUUUUGGUACAUUGUAAUUUAAAUAGCUCUCAAGGGUGCUGGGAGUCUAUUAAAAAAAGAAAAUUUUUCUCAGCACUACAUGUAACUCUAGAAUGGACAGGUCGAUUUAGUUCUGAUUCUUUAGGAGUGAUUGGCACCCUGCGCUCCACCCUGCCAACUGGAGCUGCCACUGCCGGUCCACUUCUGCAGAUAUGCAGUGACCUCCUCGACCGCUCCGAGGUGGCUCGCCACAUCUCAAAAGCUACAGACUAAACCGACCCCUUAAGUGUUGUUCUUCUACUUAUACGUUUUCAGUGCGAAAGGGACUGGCAGAGGACAAGUAGAACCUCAACAUAUGGAAGCAGUUCAGACCUGGACCUGAAGCUUACAGACCCAAGGCCUUGGCAAACCAUUGAUUUCCUCGCCUGCAUAUUCUCGCCUUAUUGAUUUAUGCUAGUUUGUGCAUUUUCAAAAGAAUAAAUUUUAAAGAAAAAAUCAACUCGGGAAAAACUAAGGACCGCAACGAGUACGUUCUGUAUGCAUUUGUCUAUGAGCAUGCUUCUCUGUUAAUUAUAUAAUGAGGAUGAAUGAACAUGAGGAAUUUGGCAGUCGAUGCCCAUUUGACUAAACAAAAAAAAUCAUCUCUGAAUUUGCUGCCUGAGACAAUCAGAUGGAACUUCUCUAUAAAACCGGAACGUUGUUCAUCCCUUCCCAUCAUCCUGCCCUCUCCCGUUUCACAGCAGCUUCAUCUGAGCUCCAGAUAAAAGAAUAAAAAUGUGUCCAUUUUUCCUUUUUUUGUGAAAGUUGAAAUUUAAAGAUGA